AUGGCAAAGAUAGCUGCAGAAGCGGUCCCUCAACUCAAAUCCCAAAUCGACGCUCUCACCUCUGACCCGGAUGGCGCCCCCGGAGUGGUCUUCGCUGCCGUCAACAAACAGGGCGAAAUCAUAUUCGAACAUGCAAGCGGGAAGGUGGGCCACGGAAAGUCACAGUCCAUGACGAUGAACAAUGUGUUCUGGAUCGCAAGCUGUACCAAGAUGAUUACAGGAGUUGCCUGUAUGCAGCUUGUUGAGCAAGGGAAGUUGGCGUUGGAUGAUGUGGAGCAGGUGGAAAAGCUGUGUCCGGAAUUGAAAGCUGUGCAAGUGUUUGAGAACGGCAAGCUGGUCCCAAAGAAGCGAGGGAUUACCUUGAGAAUGCUCCUCUCACACACUGCCGGCUUCGGUUACUCCUUCUUCGACCAGCGUCUCAACGAUUGGGCCGGUCCGGCGGGCCUGGAUGAAUUCUCUGGAUCCUAUGAAGACUAUCUAACCCAACCACUCGUUAACCAACCGGGGGAAACCUGGGAAUAUGGAAUCAACGUCGACUGGGCGGGCCAGCUUGUGGAACGAGUUUCUGGUCUGAAGCUCAACGACUACUUCCAACAACACAUCUUUAAGCCUAUGGGCAUCACCCAUAUUUCCAUGUUCCCCACGGAGGAGAUGAAAGCCGAGCUUGCGUGGAUGAACACGCGCGCACCCGAUGGGAAAAUGUCCCUAUAUGUCAAUGGACAUUUGAACAGGAGACCUCUCUACGCGAAGACGAAGGCGGAAAUAGAUGGGACAUUCCAUGCUGGUGGAGCGGGCUGCUUCGCGAGAGCGAGCCAGUAUUGUCAGAUUAUUGCCAUGCUGUUGAACGACGGGGUCCAUCCGGGCACUGGCAACAGGAUAUUGAAGAAGGAGACGGUGGAGACUAUGUUUACAAACCAAAUUGCUGAAAUGCCGAACUUCGGAAGACAGGGCAUCUCUCCACCGAAACUUGACAUGUCAAACGCUCUUCCCGAGCUGUACCCUGAACCGCACGACAUCCCGCAAGGCUGGGGAUUGACCUUCUUCCUCCACCUGCGCGAUUCGGCCGUCCAUAGUGAGGGAACGGGCUGGUGGGCAGGAUUACCGAAUCUGUUCUGGUGGGCCGAUCGCAAGAAGGGUCUCGGCGGCAUCAUUGCCUCACAGAUUGUUCCGUUCGGCGACCCCAAGAUUCUCGGGCUCUGGGCACAGAUUGAAGCCGGCCUGAUCCAGAACAUGAAGUAG